UGAAAGCUGCUCCACCAUUUCUUGUCGGAAUUCUGGUACCUGCAUGGAAGGUACCAACGGCCCAGUCUGCCAGUGUGGUGAUACAUCAACUGGCCCUCUGUGCCAGAUAGAUUUGACGUGUGGGGCAACCACCUGUCAUUCUUCGCAGGUAUGCCUAAAUGGACAAUGUAUAUGCCCUGAAGGAACUCGCCUGGUCCAGGACCAAUGUCAAGAUGAAUGUUCGGUCUCAUGUGACCAGUUUACAGAGAGAUGUGUUCAGACAUUGAGUGGUUUAACGUGUUUAUGCCGACCGAACAGGGAUCGUAGCUUCUGGACGAAUGCAUGCAUUGAAAGACUGCAAAUAUUCAUAAUUACUUUUGCAAUAAAUCGAAUCGGGUUACAGCUCGUGGACUUCAACGAUAAUUAUACAAACCCACAAAGCGAGGUAUACAUGACGGCAGCUCCUGCGGUACAAAAUCUUUUGCCACGAAUAUUAGUCUCGCAAGGAGUUCGGGGCAUCAUCAACGUCGGGGUAGUCCGUUUCUUCCAAGGUAGUUUGAUGACUGAGGUCAGUAUACCCGUCGGUGCCGAUUUCGUGGGCGAUGCCUCUACCAUCAGCGACGCCAUUACUGCCUACCUCAACAGCAAUGACAAUACCAUAAGCGAUGGAACACACCAACUUGAAAUACAGCCUCAAGUACAGGCACAGGAAAUCACAAUUAUCAAUGAAUGUGCCGAUGUCGCCACCAACGACUGUUCGAGUAAUAGCACCUGCAUCAAUGACGUAUCAGGAGUUGGAUACACCUGUCAAUGUCUCCAAGGGUUUGUGGAUCUCUAUCCCACCGUCCUACCAGGACGGCACUGUAUUCCCGUUGCAACCGAUAUCAAUGAGUGUCUAACAAGAACAACCUGUAGUGACGAGAACAGCUUCUGUCUAAACACCGUCGGUUCAUUCAUGUGUGUUUGUGAUGAAGGAUAUCAAAUGACUGCCAAUGGUGUCUGUCAGGUGCAAGUUGCGCAAUGUUCGAGCACAUCAUGCCGGAAUUCAGGCACCUGUUCAGUUAGUACCCUAGAACCUGUUUGUACUUGUUCAUCUUCAUUUGCCGGGGCUGCUUGUGAAAUAGAUCUUCGCUGUGGAAAUGGUAACUGCCAUCUAUCUCAGGUCUGUUCUAACGGUCUGUGUACAUGCCCAGAAGGAACCGAAGCAUCCCUUGGUAUAUGUACAAAUCAAUGUUCCUCUUCAUGUGAUCUCCAGCGUGAGAUAUGCAUGCAGACAUCCAGCGGUAGCUAUACAUGUGAAUGCAGACAAGACAGAGACCGGAGCUUCUGGACAAGGCAAUGUGUAACAAGAGUUCGAGAGUUUUUCAUCAGAUUCAUUGUUGCAGAAAUCGGAAUCUUAGCAGUAGACUAUGGUGAUCAAUAUGCAAAUGAGCAAAGCCAGGAAUAUCAAGAUGCAGCUGAGGCUAUCCAAAAUCUACUUCCUCGGAUCUUACUUGCCCAAGGGGUUCAAGGAAUCAUCAACGUAGGCGUCCUGGGUUUCUUCCCCGGUAGUCUGGGCGUGGAUUGUAGGAUACCCGUUAGUGUUGACUUCACCGGUGAUGAAAACACAAUCUUAGAUGCCAUUAUAUCUUACCUUCGAAACAAUGGUAACACUCUCAGUGACGGCACUUUCCGACUUGAGAUACCGGGCGAUUUAGUCACAACAAGAGAUGCUGUUACAACCACAGUUUUGCCAGUUCAAACGGGCGGAGUCGUUUCUGACGGAGAGGUAAACAUUGGUUUGAUCAUGGGUGUCAUUGGAGGUGUUCUGCUUCUCAUAUGUAUCCUGUCAAUCGGUUUCUGUCUUAUGUUUGCACGUACCCGCCAACUGAAUCAACUGAGACGAAAAGGGGCGGUCCCGUCUGAAGAAUACGGAACAGAUGACUUGAUAUACCGACUAGCUGCCUCCAUCCCAAAUGUGUACUUUCAAAGUCCAGGGCCUGUAGAGCAAGCACCAUCCCCACCCUCCCCUCCUCAAGAAAAUACCCCUCCUACACCUCAGAAGGAAAAACGCAAGCAUCGCAGGAGAAAGGGCCCCUUCUUUUAUCACCCUGCUUAAACGUGGAACACCCAUGACCGUGAAAUCUUCAUCAUGGCUCAAGCAUGUCAAGUAGUGCCAUUUGGGAAUAGGCUAUUGAAGAGAUGAUAAUACCAAUUUUUAUAGCACACAUUCAAGACCACAUUCUCAUCAACUGUCUGGACAUCGAAGAAAUUAAUUAUUUAUAAAUGUAUAUAAGAUUAUUUUACUCAGUUUUCUUCAAGUGUUGGUACAGUUAAGGACGAGUCUUUAUCGAUAUUUUAAAAUCCUGAUAAAAAUAAAUUAUGUACAUUCAUUCAUACAAAAUUUAACUUGUCUUCAAAUAUUUUUCUCAGGAUUACGAAGAUAUAAAACAAUGUAUUGCUGUUCGUUCUUGUUUACAUAUUAUGCAAAUAAUGUAAGGAAUAGUUAUAUAAAAACAUUGAUGUAUGGGUUUAUACAUGAUAAAGAUAUGUACGAUUGGUUAAAAAAAAAGUUCAUUUAUAGAAGUAAACGUACGAAGAGCUCAAAAUAUUUGAACAAAGUAUCAAAUUUAUUCGAUCAGUACAGAUCAUAAAUAAGAAAAAUAAACCUAGCCUAGAAUAAACAGAAUCGAAUUAGACAAUAAACCUGAUAAAUAAGAGAGAACCCCCCAUAAAUUAUCACGCCAGAAUGAUCAAAAUAACACAUGGAGGGGGGGGGGGCUAACACUAUAUUAUUUUGGUAACAAAGGAAGAAAAUGUAUGAUUUAAGAAAUAUUUUAUGCAUAGGAAUAAAAUAUAUUCACUGUUUGUAGAUAUUCCAAAGUAUCAGUAAAAUCAACAAAUUUGACAUAACAUUUUACAUCAUAUAAUGGCCAUCUAUGGACUGAUAACCUCAAUUUACUUUUGACAAAUGUGUAACAAUGUACAAAAGAAGUUUCAUAAAUUUUUCUCUGUCAGAAUGAAACUGAAAUGUGUACUGAUUUCAUAAGCUGUGUUAGAAAAGUUAUUUUGCCUGCAACA